AUUUCAAAUUACCCAGGUAGGCGAGGUGAAUUUAGGCAAACAAUUGUUACAAAUAUGCAGCUACGUGAGGUGAGCCAUGUCGCCGUACUUUCUCCUCUAUAUAUAUAAUGAGGAAGGACUCUGAGGUGCGCACCGGAAUGAAAUACCUGGGCCCAAUAGGAACCUCGAAGUACACCAAUGCAACCCGGCCAUAUCCCACAAAAUGACUGCUCAAAUACAGUUGAAUAAAUCAGCGAAUCAACUAGUCACACUAGGACUUGGUGUGAAUGAAGUCGCCUCGUCUCUCCUCAUUGCUAAGCAUCUCGGAUCUGUCUUCUCUCAAACCGACGAUGCUCGCCUUUUCCAGAUUUUGGAGUCGCAAUUUCACGUAAGAAUCCGCUUCGUGCCCACCUGGCUCCAGAACGCUGUUCUGGAGAGAACAACGCCAAUACACGGCGCAAAGAUGCGCACCAUAGCUGGGUUCAGAGCGAUGCAAACCACAAAAUUAGGCCGACUGGAGGGUAUUGCUACAUUGGUUGUGCUUCUAGCCAGAUCCGUAGAAUCAAAACGAGUUAUUGCCUCGCUGCUGGAGAGUCUCAUCCUGGGUGGUAUGGGCAGUAUCGUGGACCGGGGAGAUCUGGAUAGGUCAAAUCUCCCUUACAACUUUAAGCCACUGCUGGAAAGCUUUGUUCAAGCCACGCUUGAUUGCGACUCAGACAGCGAUCAGCACCGUGAUCUCCGCACUCUACUCACAACCCUGGCAAUGGAAGUCGGACCAUUAACGAACUGUGCCAGCCUGAAGAGACGGAGUAACGCAAUUCUGCACGCAAUGUCUGAGAUUCUUGGCGGCGCCACAAUGAGCGAAGAGCAGGAACGCCAAUGGAGUGCGAAGAACUUUGAGGAUUUCCGACCACCCAAAGACCAGGUCCGCGUGCAUCACACCGUAGACAUCACGUCGGCCUACAUCGCCCUCGCUGCGAAUGCGAAUGGAGCCGACUGUGUAGUGGACAUCAUGACAGGCGUGGAUAAAUGCAAGAGGAUUCCCGCUGGCUACAAGGACACUCUGAAUACAUUCAUCGUUACGCUUUGGGCGUGUCAGCCGCCUGCUGAGAUUGCGGGCAUCCUCCGCUUCGCGAGCACAAUCGAGAGCCGGACUUAUUUAAGCCAGCAAUCUCCCGAAGACCGUGACCCGGAAGAUGGCACCACUGUAUUCGGAGGCGACUUAGAGAUCAGCAAUCUGGUAGCUCACGAAGUGAACUACAAAGGCGGACGAUUACCAGAUCGGGAGCAGCACAUGGCGGCUGCGUCUCUUUGGAAGAAAGGAAGUCAUAUUGCUGAAAACUACCGGUGGGUUGUUAAGAAAGCAGCGAGAUGGAAUUACCCGCUUCGAUUUCUGUUGGAAGCCUCAACAGCCACAGAGGGUACAGAUGCAGCCGUGAGUGGCUUGAUCAAGGCUUUUCUAAACAAACACCAUCAACUGAAGUCGAUCGCGCCGGCACUCGCGAUGGCCGUGCAUGAAAUAUAUGGCUAUACAGACUACAAGCAAGAUGACGACCAGGACGAAGAAUGGAUAGCGGCGAUGAUGAUUGUAGCCGUCGCUUUGGCAGUCAAGAGCCUGGAAUCCACAACGGAGUUUUCGCAAAGCACAUCAAAUAAGUCGUCGCGAUUUGCAUUCAAUCUGUCUACUCUUAGACCCUCGGGUGGGAUCCACCAACUGCUGCUCCAAGCUUUCACCCAAGAAGGCGUGAGCCACCAACGGCUCUUGUGGGCUGCUGCAACAAUCUGGGGUGGCGCUAGCCUCAAGACACAAGGUUAUACGGUGGUGGACGAUAGUGUAAUGGGGAUCAAGGCACCAGAGUGUACAGUGAUUCUGGAGAUGCUGCGUGACCCCCUUUCCUUUUUCCAGUCUGGUAUUUCUGGCAAACUCUUUCGGAUCUGCUACGGUGCAGUUCCAAUGCUCCCACGCGAUCCAAAAAGCGGCUUCCUUAAAUCGGACCCGCCAUCAGCAGGGAGAGAUCCUACGCAUAUCGUUUCGCUUGCGAGUUCAACAUUUCCAAUUUCGUUCUCUCGAGACGCGAAGCGUACCCCCAUCAACAGCGCAGCGACGAACGGGAUCAGCUACGACUCAUAUGGCCCUAUGCUUCCUGACUUGGUCAUUACAUUCGAGCCUGUGAUAACGAAUCCAUCGCGUGGGCUCUUCUGUGCAUGGUAUGUGGGUAAUCUUGCAUUUGAAAUCAGUCCAGGGAUGGUGUUCGGCAACAGUCUGAAGCGGAUAUCCGAUAAUUGGAAGCCGGGGUUCAGAACUUCGCACUCGGCAGAAGAACCAUUAAUGUUUAAGAGUAUCAACCAGAUGGACAUUCUGGGCUCCAGUGGUAUCGUUGUGGAAAAUGCUUGUGGGGUCUUCAAUUGCCGUGGUCAACUUGGGUGGGCAGUUGCGAUAGCCGGAUUGGCAGAUCCUAGGAUGGUGAUCUGCAAGGAAGUGCCUGGGUGUGAUGAUGAUCUGAUGGACAGGUUAGAGGAGGAAGACAUCUUGCUUGUUCUGUAGAUAUCAAAGUUCAACAUAUUGGUAUGCACCACCGCUGUUGUUCUGAUCCUCUUAGCCCUGAUAGAAAGUCGUUCUAAUUCGCGGUAGAGGGAGAGAAGCUUACAGACGUCUAUCGUUUUUGCCAAUUAAACCAUUACAUUCGCAAUUCGGUGCGAAGAACGCACUUCCGGCUUGUAG